UUCUUCCAAGACCUAGGAGGCUAUAGCAGACACCAGCAAUAUACUCUCAAUCAUAAGCAGCAAAUUUGAGAAAGGGAGUUCAAAAAAGCGUGGAAGAUUUAAAUUCCUUUGCCCGACAUAUCAAGAAAGUGAAAGUGGGUAAUUGAAAACGUGCUCUAAAAGAGACAAUUUUUGCUUUACUUGUUUAUUUUUUUUGUUUUGUUGUUUUUUGUUAAAUCUUGCCAGAAUUUUCGAAUGUGGGUGUUUGACAAGUGGGGAAGAUGGUGGAACCGGACAUCAGCUUUGUGAUGGGAGUAAGAUGAUCAGAAGAAGAACCGGAGAGAUGUCAUGGUGCAAUAACCCAGACGAUGGCACAAGUGCUCUAAACAUAGUUACAGCAGUCGCCCCCGAAGAACCCUCAACCACCGUCGCCUCCACCUCCGCCGUUCCCUACCCCAGAAUCCAUGAAAUCCCAGCCAUUAUUUGCCCUUCAUGCGGCUAUAACAUACCUUACCAAGACCAGACGGAAAUUCAUGAUUUGCCAGGGUUACCAGCGGGGGUGAAGUUUGAUCCAACUGACCAAGAAAUUUUAGAGCAUUUAGAGGCCAAAAUAAUAUCUGAUCUGCGCAAGCUUCAUCCCUUGCUUGAUGAGUUCAUUCCAACGCUGGAAGGAGAAAAUGGGAUUUGUUAUACUCAUCCAGAGAAGCUCCCAGGAGUGAGCAAAGAUGGCCAAAUUCGACACUUUUUUCAUCGACCCUCGAAGGCAUACACGACCGGGACAAGGAAGAGAAGAAAAGUUCAGACGGACGAAGAUGGGAGCGAAACAAGGUGGCAUAAAACGGGCAAGACCCGAGCAGUUUCAGUUGGUGGGAUAGUGAAGGGUUUCAAAAAGAUCUUGGUUCUCUACACCAACUAUGGCAGGCAAAGGAAGCCCGAGAAAACAAACUGGGUAAUGCAUCAAUAUCACCUCGGCAACAACGAAGAAGAGAAAGAUGGAGAGUUAGUGGUUUCAAAAGUCUUUUACCAAACUCAACCUAGACAAUGCGGUCCAAGUAGUAGUAAUAAGUACGUGCUCGAUAGAAAGUUUAAAAACCGAAGCCAGCAUCAAAGUCCGAUUAUGGCGCCCAAGAGUAGCAGCAACGCUGGUAUCGUUGAAUAUAACAAUCCAUCUUUUGUUUCAUACGGUGAUGGUGGGAGUCACCACCAUCAUAGAGAAAGCCCACCACAGCUAAUCCCAAAUCUGCUUGUUCAUGGUGAUGGAUCCUCGUUUAUUCGAUUAACCUCUGAUACAAGCAAAGGGAGACUUGAAAGAAAAUAGGAUCAAUGGGAAAGAUGAGCAGCCACGACAAGGACUUAACUGGUUGUUAUGUAACAGUCAAAUAAAUUAUGAGAUUGUGAUUUUUUGCCGAGGAAAGGGAGCGAAUAUGGAAGAAUAAGGUGAAUGUCUUCUUUUCUUAAAGAUUAAAGAGUCGGAUGAUUUGGAAUAUUUGCCCAUGAUCACACCACGCACUU